AUGGAGGGGUUCGGGGGAGCCCCCAGGUUCCUGGCCUAUCCACGCGCCUUCACGGUCCAAAGCGGCACCGACGCGGUCCUGAGCUGCCAGAUCAUGGGUGAUCCCCAGCCGAGCAUCCUCUGGGAAAAGGACAAGAAUGCCAUCGAGCCCUCGGGCCGUUUCCACAUGGAGUCCAAAGGGGACCUGUACAGCCUGCUGGUGUCCUGUGCCACCCCCAAGGACAGUGGACUCUACGUCUGCAGGGCCAAGAAUAGCGUUGGCGAGACUUACGCUGCCACCAUGCUCAGGGUGGAGCCAGCGGAGCGGCGAGGGGAGGAGGGAUGCUCAGGCAGCGUCGCGCCUGCCUUCCUCAUUGCCCCCUCGUCCCUGCGGGUGUGCCGGGGGGAGGACGUGAUGUUCACCUGCAGGGUGUCUGGGCAGCCCUGCCCUGUGCUGGAGUGGGAGAAGGACGGGCACAAGCUCUCCGAACUCUUUGAGAGCAGCCACUUUGCAGUGGGGCAGAAACCAGAGGACUGGCACUUCCUGAAGCUGUUCAGUGCCCGGCCCCAGGAUGGAGGAGUGUACGUCUGCCGGGCACGCAGCGGCUCCCAGGAGGCCCUGGCUGCUGCCGUGCUCCUGGUUGAGCCCCGGGCGCUGCCGGACGGGCUCCCCAAUGGCUGCCCCCCGGCCAAUGGCGCCGAGGCGCUGGUGGAGCGGCAGCGGUGGCGGCGACAUGCAGCGGGACGGCGCCUGGCACCGGAGACCUGGGUGCCCAAUGGAGUAGUGCCAGCCAGGGUGCCAGGGGCCAAGGCAUUUGCCGUGAGCGCAGGGAAGCACGCCAAGUUUCGCUGUUAUGUUACUGGCAAGCCCAAGCCAGAGAUCAUCUGGCAGAAAGAUGGUGAGCCCCUCGCCCCCGGCCGCAGGCAUCUCAUCUACGAGGACAGGGAGGGCUACUUCAUCCUCAAGGUGCUGUACUGCAAACCUCAGGACCAGGGGCUGUACAUGUGCACCGCUUCCAACACUGCUGGCCAGACCCUGAGCGCAGUGCAGCUCCAGGUGAAAGAGCACCGGCUGCGGUUCCAGGUGCAGCUGGCAGACGUGGAGGUCGCAGAGCGGGAGGACGCAGUGCUGGAGUGCCAGGUGCCCUUGGAGACCAUCCCCACCUCCUGGUACCUGGAGGACAGGGAGCUGCAGCCCAGCCACAAGUACGUGAUGGAGGAGCAGGGGGUGGUGCGGCGCCUGACCAUCCGCGAUGCCCGCAUCGACGACGACGGCAUCUACCUCUGCCAGAUGAAGGACAAAGGACGCAGCAUCGCCGAGGUCUCUGUCCGAGGGGUGAUUGCGAAGCGGCUGCCACGGAAGCUGGAUGUGAUGGAGGGGGAGAAUGCAGUUUUCUGUGUGGAGACACGGGAUGUGGUGGAGGGCAGCUGCUGGAGCCGGGACGGGCUGCAGCUGCGGGAGUCACCCCGUACCGUGCUCAAGAGCUUCGGCAGGACACACCUCCUGGUGCUCGUGCACGUCACCCGCCAGGACGCGGGCAUCAUCUCCUUCACUGUCGGGGAGUCGCAGACAUCCUCCCAGCUCCGAGUCAAGUGUGUGAAGCACGACCCUCCGAGCGCACCGGUGGCAGCUGAGAUGAGCGUGGUGGAGACUAACACGGCUCUGCUGACUUGGUGUCCCGCGCCCGAUUCCCACCUCCGCCCCGCCAGCCACUACCUGCUGGAGCGCCGGGAGGUGGCGGGAGGGGAGUGGGUGCAGUGCCUUGCCACCGACCUGCCCAGCAGCGUGCGGGUGCUGGGCGACAGCGUGCCCCGCGAGGCCGACUACUGCUUCCGCAUCUCUGCCGCCAACAAGCACGGCAGGAGCAGCCCCGUGGAGUUCCUGGGAUCCGUGCAUCUUGCCCCAGCAGCUCGUGUGGAGAGGGGUCUGCAGGACGCGUGGGUGAGGGAUGGCGAGGACGCGCAGUUCUCCCUGGAGCUGUCGGCUGCGGUUCGUGGGUCCUGGUUCCUCAACGGUGCCAGGCUGCCUGAGGAGGACAUGGGCGGCCGGUGGAGUGUACAGCGCCAUGGGAUGGAGCACUCGCUGCUGAUCCGAGGAGCACGGCUGGUUGACAGUGGGGCCCAGGUCACCUUUGUGUCCGGUGGUGUGAGGGACUCAGCUAUCCUGCAUGUGGAAGCCCCACAGGUCCGCAUCGCCCCAGUGUCUGAGGCUGAACGGCUCCGAAAAGUGCCAGCAGGGAUGCCUGUGCUGCUGGAAUGCCAGGUGUCCACCCCAGAUGCCCCUGUCUGCUGGCUGAAGGAUGGCAAGGCCGUGCCCCUGGAUGACGUUAUGGCAGUGCAGGCAGAAGGCUGCGUGCGGAGGCUGCUGCUCCGCUCAGCGUGUCCCUCAGACACCGGGGUGUACACCUGUGACACCGGGGAUGAUGCCGUGAGCUUCGUGGUGACCGUGACCGAGGUGCCAGUCAGGAUCGUCAGCUCCAACGAGGAAGCCCCCCACACCUACAUGGCCGGACAGCGUGUGGAGCUGUGGUGCCAGCUGUCCCGCCCGGCAGCCCCCGUGCGCUGGUACAAGGAUGGAGAGGAGGUGGAGGUGGGCCAGAGCCUGGUGCUGGAGCAGGAGGGGCCACGGUGCAAGCUGGUGCUGCCCUGCGCUCAGACACAGGACACAGGGGAGUUCGUCUGUGAUGCUGGUGGGGACUCUGCCUUCUACACCAUCACUGUGGCAGAGGAGCCGGUGAGGAUUGUCAGCUCCAACGAGGGGGCCUCCCAUGCCUACAUGGCCGGACAGCGUGUGGAGCUGUGGUGCCAGCUGUCCCGCCCGGCAGCCCCCGUGCACUGGUACAAGGAUGGGGAGGAGGUGGAGGCAAGUGAGAGCCUGGUGCUGGAGCAGGAGGGGCUGCAGUGCCAGCUGGUGCUGCCCUGCGCCCGGCCACAGGACACAGGGGAGUUCGUCUGUGAUGCUGGUGGGGACUCUGUCUUCUACACAGUCACCGUGGCAGUGCUGGAGGCAGAGCAGCUCUGGGAGGUGUUAGCAGGGCAGCCCUUGGUGUUGGAGUGCCAGGUAUCCCCUGCAGAUGCCCCUGUCCACUGGCUGAAGGACAGGGAGGCUGUGGUCCCCAUGCAGGUCCUGGCCAUCUGCUCAGAGGGACGCUCACAGAUGCUGCACAUUGCUGCAGCUGCACUGCCUGACUCAGGGUACCUGUGCCAUGCUGGGGACAAUGCUGCCAGCUUUGAGGUGACCGUGACAGAGGUACCAGUGAGGAUUGUCAGUUCCAACAAGGAGGCCUCUCACUCCUACGUGGUCGGGCAGCGCGUGGAGCUGUGGUGCCAGCUGUCCCGCCCAGUGUCCCUGGUGCGCUGGUACAAGGAUGGCAAAGAAGUGGAGGUGGGCGAGAGACUGGUGCUGGAGCAGGAAGGGCUGCAGUGCCGCCUGGUGCUGCCCUGUGCCCAGAUACAAGACACAGGGGAGUUCCUCUGCAAUGCCAGCGAUGCAUCUGUCUCCUACUCCAUCUUGGUGGCAGAGCCACCAGUGAGGAUCCUGCAGCCUCCACAGCGCUCACUGGAGCUGCUGGUUCAGGCGCCGGGGUGUGUGGAACUGCGGUGCGAGCUCUCCGUGCCGGAUGCUCCGGUGCACUGGUUCAAGGACGGCCUGGAGGUGGACGAGACUGACAACCUGCAGCUGCUGGUGGAGGGGGCCUGGCGCUGCCUCUUCAUCCCCAGGAGCAGUGCAGAGGAUGCAGGCGAGUACAUCUGCGAGACCAAGGAUGAGGCCGUCUCCUUCGAUGUCAAGGUGUCAGAGCCCCCGGUGAGGAUCCUGCAGCCCUGCAGACCUGUCCCUGUCAUGACGGUGUCCCCGGGGGAGACGGUGACACUGUGCUGUGAGCUGUCCCGUGCGGAUACACCUGUGUGCUGGGCAAAGGAGGGUGUCAGGCUCGAGGCUGGGGGUGGCCUGGUCCUGGAGGAGGAGGGUGUCCAUCGCCGGCUGCUCAUCCCCGCUGCCCAAGCUGAGCACUCUGGAAAAUACACCUGUGACACCGCCAAUGACACAGUGACUUUCACCAUCCAAGUGUUGGAUCCGCUGGUCAGGAUCCUGGAGAAGGAUGUCCUGCCUACCCACCGGCGUUGCCAGGCCAUGGAGGACCUGGUGCUGGAGGUGCAGCUCUCACACACCCACGGGGAGGUGAAGUGGUACAAGGAUGGGGAGAAGCUGCAGGACACGGGGCGUGUGCGGCUGGAGGAGGACGGGGUGCGCCGAUCCCUCGUGAUCCUGGGUGCUACGGGCAAGGAUGCUGGGGAGUAUCUCUGUGACACUGGUGAUGACAGCAUCGUCUUCUUCAUCACUGUAGAAGUCCCCAGGGUGGUGGAGAUCAUCACGGAACUGCAGAACCUGACAGUGCUGGAGGGUGAGGAUGCCACCUUCAAGUGUCUGGUAUCCCCCGAAGAUGUGGCUGUGACAUGGCAGCUGAAUGGCCAGCCCGUGGUCCCCAGUGAGCGUCUGCUGGUGACAAGGAGUGGACUGUGCCACAGCCUCACCCUCCGGCAGUGCCAGACAGGUGAUGCAGGCACUGUGACGGCCAAUGCCGAGGGGCUGGUGAGCACAGCUCGGCUGAGCGUGCAAGAGGCACAGGUGCUGUUUGUGCGGAAGCUGCAGGAUGUGGUGGCAGAGGAGCAGGGGGACGUGUGCCUGGAGGUGGAGGUGAGCCACGAGGCUGCCGAGGUGCAGUGGCUGAAGCAGGGCAUCCUCCUUCAGCCGGGCAGCAAGUACCAGCUGCGGGAGUCGGGGUGCCGGCGCACCCUCACCAUCUGCUGCCUCGGCCCUGCUGACCGCGGCACCUACCGCUGCGAGAGCCUGCACGACCGCACGCAGGCCAAGCUCCACGUGGAGCCCCGGAAGGUGUCGAUCCGGACACCGCUGACAGAUGUGGAGACCUUUGAGAAGGAGACAGCCACCUUUCACCUGGAACUGUCUCACCCUGGCGUGACCGGGGUGUGGACACGGGACGGCAUCCGGGUGAAGCCCAGCAGUACGUGCCGGAUCAGUGCCACGGGCUGCGGGCACAGCCUGACACUGGAGAGGCUCACACUGGAAGACUCAGGCACCGUCACCUUCACUGCUGACACUCUGCGCUGCAGUGCCCACCUGCGUGUGCGGGAGCCUCCAGUCACCAUGGUGAGGGUCCCACGAGACCUGGGGGUCCCAGAGACGGGGGUCGCCAGCUUUGAGUGUGAGCUGUCUCGCCCCAAUGCAGAGGUGAAAUGGUUCAAGGACGGGCAGGAGCUGCGGCCAGGGCCCAACUGCCGCAUCUACUCGGCGGGACGGCGCCGCAUCCUGCAGCUGAGCCGCUGCGAGCUGAGCGACGCCGGCAGCUACACCUGCGAUGCGGGUGACUGCCAGGCCUCCGCCGUGCUGCACGUACAGGAGCGCCAGGUCCACAUUGUGCAGGAGCUGCAGGAUGUCCAGGUCCGGGAAGGUGACAAUGCAGUCUUCACCUGCGAGGUGUCACACGGGGAUGUGAAGGGCGAGUGGUUUCGGGACGGGGAGAAGAUCAAGCUCUCCAGCACAGUGAAGAUACGGCAAGAAGGGACCCGGCAUUUCCUGCUGUUCUGUGGUGUGCGCCCUGAGGACCAGGGACUCAUCCGCUUCACAGCCAGGACAGUCACCUCGGAGGCCAGUCUGCAGGUGGAAGCACUGCCAAUCCGGAUUGUGAAGCCACUGCGGGACAAGACGGUGCUGGCGAGGCACAAGGCGACACUGGAGUGCACCGUGUCCCACGCCCGGGGCCGCGUGCGCUGGCUCCGUGGGGACACCGAGAUCUUUGCUGGUGACAAGUAUGAGAUCUGCAACCUGGACUGCUACCGCACACUCAUCAUUCACCGCGUGGGCCCCGAGGACGAGGACUCGUACACCUGCGACGCCUUCGACGACCGCUCCACUGCCCGGCUCCUUGUGGAGGGUGAGUGGGCACCUAAGGGACACCCACUGACAGCUGCCAGCGCUGCUGUGCCUUACAGUAAAGGGACACCAGAACCCGUGUCCCUGUCCCCCAUUGCUUGCGAGAGUCUGAGUGCUGGGCUGGAGGCAGCAGGUUGAUACAGGGCCAGGGUUCUGAUCCUCCUUGUCUGGGAUACAACUUUUGGGUGGCACAGCUGCUCUGGCAAUGCCCCAGCUCACUCUGACUCCCAUUGUUCCCACAGGGAGCUAGAAGCCAGGAUACAGUUCUCAGGGCCUGCAUGGACUGACAGAUGCCACUGCUGAGAGAUGGGGUCAUGCUCCCCCUGGCAUACACAGACACAUGGACACCAUCCCCAGCCUGCUUCAACCUCACGGCUCUGCAUUAAACAGCCUUUUUUUCUGACAUGGCUUCUUCCACACCAGCAAGCUGGGGUCUCAUUAAGAGAAAAGGUUGUGGCACCACUCUACAGCCUGCUCAGCACCCCUGGAAGCCCGGCC